AUGUAUUGUCAUUUAUCGAGUGGAGUUUUAAUCAUUUAUGUACAAAACUUUCGUUGCUUAAUAUCAACAGGUGGAGUGUAAUGUCUUAGUUCUAUAGUAGUAAAAAAGUAAUUCAAAUAGUUUGGUCACAAUGGCAGAAUGCACAACGAAGCUUUAUCCAAAUUGUGACAGCAAUGUCUGGUUGAGAUCCUGCGAGGUGGAAGUGACUGAACCUGUUGAAGGUCUAAUAACUGGGGAAUUCCCGUCGUGGCUGCAAGGCACUCUAUUGAGGAAUGGGCCCGGAUCCCUUAACGUUGGUUCGAUGAGGUUUAAGCAUCUGUUUGACAGUGCAGCUCUACUGCACAGAUUUCACAUUCACGACGGUCACGUGACCUAUCAGUGUCGCUUCCUACAAUCGAACACGUUUAAGAAAAAUCGCGCCGCCAAUCGCAUCGUGGUCACUGAGUUCGGCACCGCGGCCGUGCCGGAUCCUUGUCACACUAUAUUUGAUAGAAUUGCUGCACUGUUUAAUCCAGGAGAGUCCAUAUCAGACAACGCGAUGAUUUCACUUUAUCCUUUCGGAGAUGAAAUAUAUGCUUUUACGGAAGGACCCGUAAUCCAUAGGAUUGAUCCAGUAACACUUGAAACAAUGGAAAGGAAAAACCUAACGGAAAGUGUAGCUCUCGUCAACCACACUUCCCACCCUCACGUCAUGGCCAAUGGUGAUGUUUACAAUGUUGGUAUGUCCGUUGUGCGAGGUCGAUUACGACACGUUGUUGUUAAAUUUCCCUUCACAGAAAAAGGAGAUAUGUUCGCUGAGGCGCAUAUAGUCGCCAGCUUGAAGCCACGGCUAUCGAUGAAUCCGGCAUAUAUGCACACGUUUGGAGUUACGGAGAAUUACUUCGUGAUACUGGAACAACCGCUCUCGGUGUCCCUCGUCGGUCUGGUACGCAGCCAAAUUACCAACCAGCCUCUUUCUUCAAGUCUGCACUGGUAUCCGGAACAAGAGACUCACGUUGUAUUAUUAGGCAGGGAGAGCGGCAAGGAAGAAAAGCGAUAUCGAACGGAGACACUGUUUUUCCUCCAUAUAAUAAACUGUUUUGAGGAAGAUGGUAACGUUGUGGUCGACGUGUGCGCGUACAAAGACGCUAAAGUUAUAGAUGCAAUGUAUAUACAUGCGAUCGAAUCAAUGCAAAGUAAUGCUGAUUACGCUGGAUGGUUUCGUGGAAGACCCAAGCGUCUCGAGAUGAGCCUCGUCGCCCCUCCGCUGACUAGAGUAGAACCUAAGCUGCUGGCAGAUCUAGGUUGUGAAACCCCAAGAAUACACUACGAUUUGCAUAAUGGUCGCCCUUAUAGAUAUUUCUACGCUAUCAGUUCGGAUGUUGAUGCAGAAAAUCCAGGAUCGAUUGUCAAAGUGGAUACCGUGACAGGCGAGACGAAGUCGUGGUGGGACAAAGAUUGUUACCCCAGUGAGCCCGUCUUUGUCCCUAGUCCUCAGGCUAAGGAGGAAGACGAGGGCGUGGUGCUGAGCGCGCUGGUGUCGAGCGCGGACGAGCGCGCGGUGUGGCUGGUGCUGCUGGACGCGCGCGAGCUGCGGGAGCGGGCGCGCGCACUCUUCCGCACGCCCUCGCCCGCGCCCAAGUGCCUGCACGGCUGGUUCCUGCCGCGCGAGCCUGGCCCGUGCUGACCACUUACUCUAUAAUCGAACACCCAAAGAGAAUAUUGUGUUACAUUUAGUAGCAGUGUUGACUAGCCAACUGCACAUAUACGUUUACUUAUAUAGUACACUUGUUUAGUAAUUUCGAAUGUAUUUAUGUUUUACAGAUAUUUUACAACUUAACACAAUUAUAUUUUUUAAUCAGUAAGGGCGACAAGAAUGGUAAAAUAAAAACGUCAUUUUGAAUUAUUAUUCAACUCAAACGUUAGUAUCGUCUAUAAUUAUUGAGAAAUAAUAGCCCGCUAACUGUAGUCUAA